AUGGAUACACAACACACUCGGGUUGCGAAGCAGCGGCGGCGGAAGCGCGUGAAGUCGUGCCUCUUCUGCCGCCACAGGAAGCUCAAAUGUGAUCAGGCGGUGCCUCUGUGCUCCAGUUGCAAAGUGCGGAACAAGACGGUGUGCAUAUACGCUGACUCGCCUGACGAUGGGUGGAGUCCACUGGAUCUGGAGAGGGAGGCCCUGUGUGGGACCACGGGAAAGGGUAGGAGCAAGAGGACUACGGUGACCGUUGGGGCCGGGACAGGACCUGUGGCGCCUAUAGUGGCUACACAAGGGUUUGAACCACUCAAAGCUGUAGAGCAGUACAUUGUGACGCCGAGGGAGUGGGAUGCCGCAAAGAACUCCUUUGCGGAUUACUUGCACUGCAGGGGUGACGGGCAAAUGGAGCUUCGUGGUCCCCUAGCGGUGCUCACUCUCGUUCAAAGGAGCAACCCAGGGUUCUACAAUAAGUGGCAGCAACUUUGGAACAAGGUAGAUUACUCUAGGGGCAAGUGGUUUGCUCAGCUGGCUCCCAAAUUUGAUCCAUGGACGUCACCGUUCACCACGGGACCAGUGUCCUUAUUGAACGUGUGCCGUGAUUUGCCCACUUUCGAACAAAUCCUCGUCCAGAUCAAUGUAUUCUUCCACGCGUACAACAGUGAGCUGUACUUAACAAGCACAGCUCUGGAUCAACAGAAGGUACUCAACAUAUUUUACAAUUCAUUCACACCGGACAACAGCAGAGUGCUACCGAACGGUGAAAGACCAGUACUCAUGCUUAGGUACGACCAGGGUGGGAACUACUACAAAGUCGGGAUUAUACUCAUGAUUUUGCAACUCACUUUUUACCACUACCAAGUCCCGGAAAGCAUUCAGCGUGUCUCUAAGCAACUGGUAAGUGCGGACACAGAUGGAAUCUUCUACAUGGAGAGACUGCAGUUUCUCCUACUGAGUUGCCACUACCAGCAAGUCUUCUUCCUGCAUAAAUUUAGCGGCGAUAGCUCCACUAUGACAAACCUCAUCAGCCAGCUAACUGCGGGGGCUGUAUCGAUGGGGUUACACAAAAACAUUUCAAAGGUGUACAAAGGACAGGAACCCGUCGUAGGGAACCUUCGAAGCAUCGAAAAUCUGUGGUCAUGGAUCCUUCUCAGCGAUCUGCAAUACAGCCUGCAUUUCGGGAAACCGCUGACGCUCACUAGCGACACGUACGACUACCCAGAAACUGGUGUCGUUAGGGGCGGUGGUACCAUUCGUACCCCAGCCCCAGACGCCAUGACAACCGUGGUCACAAGUGGCACGAACCUACAGGAUCUAACAAAGGAUUUCAACUUCUACAGCAGGUUGUCAAGGCUCCUCAAACUGGCAAGACCCAUUUUAACCAAUAUUCAUAACAAGCGCUUGUCGCCAUCGCAUCUUCCGACGGAAGUUGAAAGGGUACUCGAGUUCAUCGAGAGGGAGUUCCCCAACCUGUCUCAGUUCACUAGGGAGUCAACCUCAAACGUUACCGUGUCCAUACACGACUACUUCAUACUUGGGAUCGCGCUCACGCUCGUCAUCUCGCUGAACGCACUGUUCACAGUCACAUUCGAAAGCAAACCACUGACUUUCAACAACGAUCAAUUCCAAACAUUGCUCUUCUCCCUCAACUUCGUGAAACAUCUGUUACUCAAGUGUCAAAGGAUGGACCAAGAGAGGUUUGGGUCAAACAAAAACGCACAGUAUACAUUAAAGUACCUGCCGAGUUCCACAUUUACAGUGCAGGGAUUAUGGCUCCGAACGAUAGGGACUUUCCAUGCAUUCAUGUACUGGAAGAUCACACACUUCUCUCAGGGGGUUUACUUCACCUGCGAUUCCGUGCAACCGAACUGGCCUGCGGAUAACCUACGGCCGGUCAAUAAGGGUACCGUACUCAACCUUAUGACUUGCUACCACGCGUACAUACGCGCGAUGCAGCACCUUGCCCUCGAUGGGCGUGGCAAGGCGAACAGUCUGAGGAACUUGUUGGACCAAAUACCGUACUACUCGAAAGUAAUGGCCAUGGAGAACGUGCUACGGACGAUAGUCGAGGAGGCCAUUUCGUACAGAAGGGAGGCAGAGUCUAAGAGGAUCAUACCGGCCAAAUACGGGCUGUUCACGUCGUUCAUGUUGAAGGACCCACAACCAUCACGGAGGAACGACCCGGCAAGAUACGACCCGGAGAUGAUCAAGAACGCGUUCAAAGAGUUCCCCACGACAUCGCUCGACAAAGACGUCCCACGGGUGGGUUCACCCUUUGGGAACGGGUCGAGCAGCACGAACGUGAGCGGGAGACGAAGCAGUAACAGUACAAGUGGAGGUGUCGGUACGGGUAGCGCGGGUAGCACAGGCGGAGACUGUAGGAUCUUGGCGGAUGCCCCAGGUUCCGAUGCGGACUCGACGGCACCGGGACAAUUGGACCCUUGCAAUCUACUGGAGGAAGAGUUCUGGUCUAACUACAACGUUGGAUGGGAGAAACUGCUGGACAGCACGGACACUCUGCAAAGGUGA